AUGACGCAAGAUAUUGGCAAGAUAUAUGAAGAUGCUAUAACUUCAGGAUUACUUCCCGGUAUAUCGGUAUUUGCCGGAGAUAAAGAAGGCAAUAUUGUCUACUCUAAAUCUUUUGGAAAAGCAAGUCUUAAAAAAGGCACCAACCUUCCUUUCACGGAGAACACACUUUGCGGUAUUGCAUCCAUGAGCAAGCUCAUGACUGCAGUUGCUGUUCUACAAUGCGUGCAGGAUGGGACUCUAGACUUAGAUAAGGACGUAAAGCAAUUACUCCCUGAGAUUGGAAAAUAUGGUAUUAUUACCGGCUUCGACGACAAUAAAAACACAGCCAUCCUUACGCCCAAUACUAUCCCCAUAACUCUCAGAAUGCUACUUACUCACACCUCGGGCCACGAGUAUGAUUGGUUUAAUCCCUGGCUUAUAAAGUGGCGCGCCUCGCGCGGUGAAAAGCCGUUAUCUGGCCCGGAUGCCGAAUAUAUCGCUACAUUGCCUCUGGUGUACCCUCCGGGCACGGGAUUCUCGUAUGGCACGGGCUUUGAAUGGGCUGGCAAGGCAGUCGAAGCUGUCACCCACCUUAGUCUCGACGAAUUUAUGCGCGAACGUAUCUGGAAACCCCUCGGGAUCGAAGACGACGCCAGCUUUUUCCCAAGGGUGAGAGAUGGAAUGAAAGAUAGGGUGGCUGACCUUAGCACACUCAACGAGAAAGGAGAGCCGCCUGCGGUUGAUGCCUCGGACUUCAGUAUGACAGGGGGAGCAUCGGACUGCUUAGGAGGCGCAGGUGUAUUCGCAACUCCGAGGGCUUACUACACCUUUCUAUCCGCCGUAUUUCAGCGAGAUCCUAAGAUCCUAUCACCUACGUCGUACGAAGAGCUUUUCAGGCCGCAGCUUAAUGAGACACUCGAGCAGUGCCUAAACGACGAUAUUGCUUCUUCGCCGGAAAAGACGCAGUAUCUCGGCCUCCAGAUUCCAUUGUCUAUAAGGAAGAAUUGGAGCUUCGCGGGCCUGGUCGUGAAGGAAGGCCAUGAGGGUUGGUUCGCACCGAAUACCGUAUUCUGGGGCGGAUUCCCAAGCUGUAUGUGGUUUAUUGACCACGAGACGGGAAUCUGCGGAACGGCAGUAUGCCAGAUUAUUCCGGCUAUGCAUCCCAAAGUCAUUGCCCUUUACGGGGAGUUCCAGAAGGCCAUAUUCAACCUCGUAAAGACGAAAAUGGAUUAG